AUGUUAUCAUGGAGUCUUUCCAAUGAGCAAGAUGAAACAAAUGAGUUGGGUGAACUUCAGCAAAGAAUGUCUAAGAAAAGAGACCUUGGCAAAAAGAGUCCCAAGGUCAGUCGGAGCCUACGCAAGAAGAUUCAGAAAUUCCUCCAGGGAUCAGGGGAGUACACUGCCUAUGACUCCCAGCACUCUCCCCUGGAGAUAGAGGAUGACAUGUUCAUCUGUGGCAUUAAGAGAGAUCCCUCUACUCAUGAGUGUAGUCUUUCAACUCAACGUAGUUUUGAAAGUCAUACCAAAACCUCCAAGAGUACCGUUACUGGGCAGGGGAGGCGUAAAAGUGAUGGCAGUAUCACAAUUCCAUCCAUCAUGGGAAUGAAAGGAUUAAAGCCCAAAGACCAAGCAGAAGACAGUGGAUGUGUAGAGGGAAGAGGUGCCAUGGAUAAUAAACCAAGCCAAAGUAGGGACAGUGACAAGGACAAGAAAAGAGAAGGAGGGUCAAGCACCAUAGUGGAGCACAUUUUGAAGGAGCUGCAGGGGAUUAAUAAAAUCCAAGAGGAGAUAUCAGAUUUAAGACAAUACUUGACGUCUGUAAGUGGCUCAGUAGAUGAGGUGUCUUGCUGUGUAGAUGCUGUACUGUUGGAAAUUGAGGAGCUGUAUUCAGUUGGUGCUGUAGGGAAUCCGUCACCUCAAAGACUUGUGGCUCAUCAAAGAAACCCAGGUAGGGAGAAUGCCAUUGCUCUCUCACAAAGUAGAAAUAAUAGCCCAGUAAUAAAUGCUCUCUCACAAAGUAGAAAUAAUAGCCCAGUAAUAAAGCAUAGAGAAUUGGAGAAGAAUGAAGGUAGACCUCUAACGGCCAGACCGAACAUGUCAGGGUGGGAUGUGGAAACGGAUUACCGAGAUGUACCAAGAAGAACCAAGUUACACAAUCCCAAGACUUCUGACAACUUGGAUGCACCCUGUUCCAGAUUUAAGAAGUCCAGCUACUGUCAUCUUCAUGGGCAAGAGCUUACAAGCACUAGUUCCUUAUCCUCAGGUCACAGUUCUAAGAGUCGAGAUCAAGAAGGAAGUUAUUAUUCUAGGGAGACUGACCAAGAGAACAGUGGUUGGAGACGUUUGGAAAUGCAGUUGAGCGUGAGUGGAGAAGGAGGAUGGAGUGGAGACACUAGAUGGAGUGAGGAUGAUUACUGCUCCUGCCAGAACAGCGCAGACGAAUUGGAAAAUGUUGGACGCCCAGAUACAUGGUACAGGUAUAAUGGUGGCGAAACCAAUCAUUCAUCACGUAGCAGCUCUGAACACCUAUCUCUACUGUUUGGAAACCAUAAUGUCUCCCCAUCUAGUUCAUCCAGUGUUGUAGAUUGGAGACAUCCUAAGAAUCAAAUUGUCAGUGACAUUGGCUGUGACUGCACAUCAAAUUGUGUGUACUCCCGGAGUUCUGGAUACCACACCAUGGACGCAUAUGCCGAUGAAUCGUGUAGUGGGCCAUCCCGAAGCCUUAGUUGUUCAACUGUUGGAAUGACAGACUAUGAUGAUGGUUGCCAAAAUCUACACUCCUCUUGCGAGCAUUGCCUCGGUGAUAUGGAUUCUGAGAAAGACUGGCCUAAAGGGGUUUGCCCAGAUGUGUCUGAGGAUCAGUAUGACCCAGAUUACUCUGAAAAUACGGACACUGAAGAGUCGCAGCCACCUAAUCUAGGCUAUGAUGUUGUAAAGAUAAGUAAAGCCAUGCUGACCUUCCAUUCCACUCUAAGGGGAGCCUUGACAGAGCUUGAUACACCUGAACCGCAGUGUCCCAAGUCCCAAGUAAUCCCAAGUACCUACAAAUCCAAUGACCUUGAGGAGGAUAGCACCACAUUUGGUGACUCAAAUGUAGAGACUGUUGUACCUAUUGACGGCGCAACUUCAGAUCUCAGUGUGUCUCCUCAAAAAGGCAUCGAAGCCUCUUUUCAUGGGAAGGAAUUGCAGGAAUUACAUACUCCAACUGAAUACUAUGCAGCAGACCACUCAGAUACUUUCAGGGAUUGUUGA